UCUUCUUCUUUAAACUCUGCCAACCACCUCAAUUUUUACCUGCUACAUUCAUCAAUGUCAUAAUCAGCACCUACACUAUCCGGCACAUUUCAGGUUUAAUGAAACUUAAAUAAUAAAAAAUCAAUUUAGAAAGGACUAUAUCUUUUGCUGCUGCUAUGGAAAAUGGGAAGGGGUCAUUUUUUUGGGUGGAGGAGGAGAGCAAUGAUCCAACAUUCGUUCCGAUAAAGCAGCAGCAAAGGAGAAGAGUAGUGAAGACAAAUAAACCGGAGUUUGUCGGCUGGUGUUCUAAGCCGUUAUACGAGUUUCUUCAAUCAAUUGGCAAUGACACUACAAAAGAGCAGUCUCAGCAUGAAGUCACUUCCAUUAUUAACAAUUAUGUGAAUAUGCAUAAUCUUACUAACCCCUUAAGGAAGAAAAAGGUUGACUGUGAUGACCGGCUUCGCUAUCUUUUUAUUAAGAAAUCGAUUGCCCGAAAUAAAAUAUUUGAGCUACUAAAUCCUCAUCUUGCCAAGAACCAUGAUUCAUCAUCUGAAGAUGAUGAUAAUUUGUAUAGUUCAGAAGAAGAAUAUGACGAUGACAAUAGAAUAGCAACUAAGAAGCAGAAAAUUUUUAAUUUGUUAGAGAAAAAUGCAGCUCCACCUCGAAAGAAAAAAACAUCAGAGACUCAAUUGAGCAGUAUCUAUGCAGCGGUUAUUCCCGAAAAUAUAAAGCUUUUAUAUCUUAAGAGGAGUUUAGUUGAGGAGCUUGUUAAGCAGCAUUCUUUUGAAAACUUUCAAGGGAAAAUGGUAGGUAGUUACAUCAGGAUAAAAUCUGAUCCUAAUGAUUUUUUUCAGAAAAACUCUCAUCAACUUCAUCCAGUUACAGGGGUAAAAAAUGUACUUGUAAAUGGUGUAAUACAUGAAGUUCUUCUUCAGGUUCCAAACAUGAUAAAAGACUUGCCUAUAUGCAUGUUGUCUGAUGAAGACUUCUCUAAGGAAGAAUGCGAGGAUCUAUGUCAAAGAGUCAAGGAUGGUUUGCUUAAGAGGCCUACUGUUGUGGAGGUUGAACAGAAGACCCAAGUCUUGCAUGAGGAUAUAAUAAAACAUUGGAUUCCUAGAGAGCUUAAACAUCUACAAAACCUUAUUGACCGUGCCAAUGAGAAAGGAUGGCGCAAAGAGCUAUUUGACUAUCUAGAAAGAAAAAAACUGCUCCAAACACCAUCAGAGGUAUCAAAGUUGCUGGCUGAUGUUCCAAACGUGACUGCAGAUAAAUUAGAUCCUGAACUUACCCCACAGGAACAAGCAGAGGAUAUAAACGAGUUGCAUCGUUCACCCACAACUCAUAAGGAUGUCUCACAUCCUACUCUUGAUGCAUCAGAACAUGAAGUGCCAGUUCUUGUUGAAGUCAAGGAAGGCAACGCAGGGCCAAUGGAGAAUGGGAGACCUGGAGAACACUUGACAGGCCUCCAGUGGGUUGAAGUCGAGCAGGUUCCCAAGACCAAAAAUUCGGGUCAAAAGGCGGUCUUAAAUGGCUCGGCCGGUGUAAUUGAGUUAAGUGACGAUGAAGAGGAAACACAGAAGCAAGAGGACCAAGAGGAAACACAUAAGCAAGACAACCAAGAGGAAACACUGAAGCAAGACGACGAGUAUGACUUCUCUUGUAAAAAAUGGUUUUACCGAGACCCACAAGGAAAAAUACAAGGACCUGUUUCAAGAACUGAGUUGAAGGUCUGGAGUGAUGCAGGCUACUUCUAUCCCGACUUUAAGGUAUGGAAAGAUGGUCAAACUCCAGAUGAUGCUAUCUUGUUGACAGAUAUGCUUUCAGGGAAUUGUAGCAAAUGCUAGUAAAUAGCAUUUAUAGGUUUUAUGUCCCUUAGGGAACGUGUCAUUAAUUCAUUAUAUCAUCUUUUUGUUUGGAAAAAAUAUCAUUUGAUUCGAGUCAUUAUAGUUGGGCUUAAUUUACUUCUUUUAUA